UCAUUUCUCAACUCAACUCAACAAAAACGAGUUGUUGCAACAUUUUCAACAUUCUCUCCGCCGCCGCGUUCAAUCUUUGCAUGGAAGUUUUCUUUCUGUCACAUGAGUUAUCUGAUCUCUGUCUCGGUAAGCCGCCGUUGAAGUCGCUUUCGACGUCGGCUACCGUCGCUGAGGCAAUUGAAGUCCUCCGUAGCUCCGGCGGCGAAAGUUUCGUCAGUGUUUGGAACUGUGACCACUCUGAAUUCGGUCAAUGUCAAUGUGUUGGGAAAAUUUGUAUGGUUGAUGUUAUUGUUUUCCUUUGCAAACAGGAAAAUCUUUUGUGUCCUUCUAAAGCUCUUAAGGCUUCCAUUUCCAAUGUUUUCAAUGAGGUUGAUGGUCUUGUUGUUCAUCUAGAACCUUCAUCUAGCUUAUUGGAUGCCAUUGAUCUCAUACUUGAGGGGGCACAAAAUCUUGUGGUGCCAAUUUCGCAGACAAAAAAAGGUGGCCUUUCAAGGAGAAAACUGCAGCAGAAGUCAUUAACAAUCAACAGCCACAAUGGUGUUGAGUUCUGCUGGUUAACACAAGAGGAUGUGAUCAGGUUCUUGCUUGGUUCCAUUGGCCGCUUCAGUGCACUCCCUGCACAAUCCAUCGAUCGUCUCAAUAUUAUCAGCUCGGAUGUGCUCUCCAUUGAUUACUCUUCCCCGGCAUCUUCUGCUGUUGAAGCCAUCUCAAAGUCCCUCACACAACAAACUUCUGUCGCAAUUGUCGACGGUGAUGGGACAUUCAUCGGUGAGAUAUCACCCUUCACACUUGCAUGUUGUGAUGAGACGGUUGCGGCCGCCAUCACAACUUUGUCCGCAGGGGGCUUGAUGGCCUACAUUGACUGUGGUCGCCCCCCUGAGGAUCUAGUCAGGGUUGUAAAGGCAAGGUUGAAGGAGAAGAAUUUGGAAAAACUGCUGCAAGAGUUUACACUUAUGACUUCCUUGACAGGUGAUAUGUCAUCCUCCUCUUCCUCUGAUGAGGAGAGUCCAGGGAGGAGUUUGACAAGGUCGGGAAAGUAUGCAAGGUCAUCAAGCUACUCGGCCAAAUAUGUGAGGAAGGCAGAGGCUAUAGUUUGUCAUCCCAAGAGCUCUUUGAUUGCUGUGAUGAUGCAAGCAAUUGCUAAUAGAGUGAAUUACUUGUGGGUUAUUGAGGAUGAUUGGAGCUUAGUUGGCAUUGUUACUUUUUCUAAUAUCUUGAAGGUGUUCAAAGAGCGUUUAGAAGUUAUUUAGAUGUUAGUGUAAAUGUGACAACCUUUUUGCUUUGGAUGUUCAUAUGGAAGCAUGAAACUUGUUGGCCUAUGAAUGUGGUCUUUCUGUUAUGAAUAACUGCAGGGUGGCUGAUGAGGCCGGAUCUUUGUUUUUGCUUUAUGAUUGUGAACUUCAAUUUUAAGAAAUUUUCCUUUGAUACAUUUCUGUCAUGAAUAAAGUUCUUUGUUUUGUUUUAUCA